AUGAAGAAAUAUCUUUCUAAGGCCCAAGAAUAUGCAAAAGCGUUCGUUCAUUUCGAUAUAGGACACCUACCAAGGGCCGAGAACAAAAAGGCUGAUGCACUCGCGAAAUUGGCCUCAGCAACCAGCUCGGAAUGGAAGGACGCUAUUUAUCUAGAGCGGAUAAGGAAACCCUCAUAUGAGGAGGAUAACAUUAACUCGUUGGAAUCUGAAAUCAGCAAGGAGGACUGGAGGGUGCCUCUAUUCCUGUACCUCUGGGACGGAUCCCUACCAGAGGACAACAAGGAAUCUCAAAAAAUAAGAAGGAAUGCAGCAAUAUAUACGCUAAUAGGCCGAGAGCUAUACAGACGAUCCCUAACACUGCCAUACCUUCGUUGUCUAAGCAAUGAGGAAGGGAAAUACGUACUAAGGGAAAUCCACGAAGGAGUGUGCGGAAACCACCUUGCCAAUAGGGCCUUAGCCCACAAAGCCAUGCAGCAGGGAUUUUACUGGCCCACGAUGAAGAAAGACGCGCUCAAACUCAUCAAACGAUGCGACAGAGGUCGAACCCCUAGCCACCAUAACAGAGCGAAACAUUACGCGCUUCGUGUGGACAUCAGUGUGGCACACCCCCUAAGCAAUGGACAGGUAGAGAACAUGAACCGGACGAUAUUGCAUGGUCUGAGGACACGACUCGAAUCUAUGCAAGGCAGGUGGACAGAGGAACUGUCGUCCAUCAUAUGGGCAUACCACACCACCAAAAAAGUGGCAAUAGGGGAAACCCCAUUCAUGCUCAUCUUUGGAGCAGAAGCAGUCAUCCCAGCAGAAGUAGGGAUCCCCUCCUGGCGAAGGCAAUACUUUAACGAGCAAACCAACAAUGAAAAGCUCAGAUCUGAAAUAGACUUGCUGGAGGAGAGACAGGAUCAGGCUAGUCUAAAAGUUGCAGCAUACCAACAGAGGGUAGCAAAAUACUACAACAAUCACGUCAGAGUGCGGAAUUUCCAGCUCGGAGACUUGGUUAUAAGGAAAAAGUGA